AUAAAAAAAACACAGUGCGCCAGAGAGUUGUAGGAUGGAGGUGAGCAUGGACUCAAUUCAUGCUGCAGAAAUUUCUAUAAUUAGAUAUCUACAGGAGAACUUAAUGAGUUUCCAAGACUGGUUUGUAUUUGUCUCACAUGCAGCUGAUCUUAGAAAUACCUUCCACAUCUUCUUUCCUAUAUGGUUCCACUUGUGUGAGUCUGUGGGUAUCAAACUGAUAUGGGUGGCUGUGGUUGGUGACUGGCUCAACCUUGUCCUCAAAUGGAUUCUUUUUGGACAAAGGCCUUACUGGUGGGUACAUGAAACAUCCUAUUAUGUCAAUACCUCAUCUCCAGACAUUAUGCAGUUCCCAGUAACCUGUGAAACUGGACCAGGAAGCCCCUCAGGGCAUGCUAUGGGCUCCUCGUCAGUGUACUAUGUGAUGACAUGUGCUGCGCUCUCUCUACUGAAAAGUCACAGCUCCUUUAAGAGUCGGUGUCAACGUUGGUGCUUGUGGUCUUUCUUCUGGACAGUGCAGGUCAACGUUUGUCUAUCCAGAGUGUUUGUGGCUGCACAUUUCCCCCAUCAGGUCAUUGCAGGUGUCAUUUCAGGAAUUGUGGUGGCCAAAGUGUUUAAUCAACUACAAAUUAUAUAUGGUGUCAACCUGAAAAAAUACAUCUAUAUCACCGUGUUCCUCUUCUCGUUUGCUUUGGGCUUCUAUUUGAUACUCAAAGCGUAUGACGUGGACCUUUUGUGGACCCUUGAAAAAGCAUCACAUUGGUGUUCCAAGCCAGAAUGGAUUCAUAUUGACUCCACACCAUUUGCAGGCCUUAUCAGGAAUGUAGGUAUUUUCCUUGGCUUAGGAAUAGCCUUAGACUCAGAGAUGUAUAAAUAUACUUGCAAGGAGAAACAACGAACAGAAUUUAUGUUUCGCUUCAGCUGUAUCAUAACCUCUUUAGUUGUUCUUCACCUCUUUGACUCCUUUGAACUUCCAUCUGAUGUGGAGACGAUCUUCUAUGUUCUCUCGUUCUGCAAAAGCAUAGCUGUUCCUAUAACUGCUGUAGGAAUCAUUCCUUACUGUAUAUUACAUGUAUUAAGAAGACAAGAUAAGAAGGUCUUGUGAAGAAAAGUUUAUAGGCCUACUGGACAAGACAUUUAAAAAAAUAUAUCCUGUUCUUCCACAAUCGGAUUCAAUUAUAUGUGUAAGCGGUUUAG